AUGCGGCGAGGUAUCGCAACGGUGUUCAAAUUCUCAGCUGCCUCAUUGUUCGCGGGUGCGGGGGGCUGGCACCUCUGGACGGGACGAUGCUACUUCGAACCCUUCGGCCCCAGCAACGAUCCUUUAUUCGAGAGCGAGUACUUCAAGCAGUUCAACCCAGGAAACCAUCCGUCAAUCAACGACUCGUGUGUGCGGAAAGUACCUCUCUCUCAAAUACCCGCAGAGCUGGUCGCCGAUGCCCUCGCGGGCGGCUCCAAGUUGCUCGAGAGGUUCUGUGCCGGCGUCUGGGGAGGAUAUGGGUAUUCCAUCCAGCGAAACAUCCUAGCUCGAGUUGCCAGAAACGAGUCAAAUGCGGAGUCUAUCUUAUGGGAUAAAGAGCAGCUCCUGCAAAGUACAUACGAGAAAGGCACCAUCGUCACCGACCACUUCAUCGUCGUUUCCAAAACCCCGCAAUCGAUCAUCCUGUGGGGGGCCGAGUCACCGUCCACAAACCCAAACGUUCGCCGCGAGAUGGAGAAUCUAUCUGAACUCUCCGUCGACGUGGUCAGCGACACGGAUAAAGGAGAGGGCGUGGUAGAAUUCCGUAUGAAGAAUAUUUUCUAUAACGGCGCGGAGCGGAUGCCGAAGCCCUUGUUCCCGGCGCCCAUCGUGUGGCUGCAUCUUCAGUACUGCAAGUUGUUAGUUGAGGGAGGGGUGAGCCAUUGCGUUGUUUAGAUGGUUGCUUGUGAAUGUAUGUUUGUAUGUAUUAUGGAGAUAUCUGCCAAACACUCUAGGUACUAUAUGAAUAAACAAACGCCAAGGGCUCAUUGUUGGACCAAGAAAGUGGGGAG